UCUCAAAUCUCACACUCAUAUCUUCUCUUCCCCAGCUAAAAUGUCCGGUGUUUGGGUCUUCAAAAACGGCGUGGUUCGACUGGAGAACCCUGGUGGGGACUCGUUGCAGGGGUCCGGUGGUCGUCGUAAAGUGCUGAUUCACACACCUACUAAUGAAGUGAUCACAUCUUAUGCCAUGCUUGAAAGGAAGCUUUCUUCUCUUGGGUGGGAGAGGUACUAUGAUGAUCCUGAGCUCCUUCAGUUCCACAAAAGGUCCACAGUUCACCUCAUCUCCCUCCCCAAGGACUUUGGCAAGUUCAAGUCCAUGCACAUGUUCGAUAUCGUCGUCAAGAAUCGAAAUAUAUUUGAAGUUAGGGACAUGUAGCGGUGUAUGUGUCUGUCAUGGUUUCCUCACUCUUUUUUUUUUUUUUUUCUUUUUCCCUUCUUAUUCAAUCUUCGUUUGGGUGUUUCUACUUCUGUUUUUUGCUAGCUUGUUUUCAUGUACUCAAAAACUGAAUUUGAAAUAGGGAAAGCUAAUGCAGUCAAGGGAGGGUUUGCAGUGGAUGGCUAUGUAAAUUACAAGAUUGGUUUUGCAAUGAAAAUUGGAUUUCCUGUGUGUUUACAA